GUUCUGAAUAGCCCUGAAAGUCGAGAUUCUUCUGUACCAGUUUCAAGCCAAAAACGUUUCUGCAGCAGUGAAAAAAGAGGAUUUCGAGAUCUCAAUGUAGAGAUCUUCGAAAAACAAAAAUUGCAGAAAACGAAAAAAAAGGUAUGCUGCUGGAUCGGUUUUGAAAGGCGAAUCCAACAGUAUGAUUUUUACAAAAUUUCGUUCACAAACGAGAUUACAGGAGCAAAUCUCUACAUAUAGAAAAACUGAAGAAAAAACAGAGCAGUUCUUCGUUAAAUCCAAAAAUCGCAGACAGAUCCAACCUGUUUCACGCCUCGGCUCUGAUACCAAAUGUUAAUCCCAAAAUACUAACAAUCAUACAACCAUAGCAGUGAUAAAGAAGCAGAUAGGAAGAAAUCGACAAGAUUGAACGCGAAUCUGAUAUACCGUAUGAACCUGCCGCUACUCUCCCUGGAGAAGGAGAGCAGCGGCAACCUAAUUUCUCUCUAUCUCUACGCCUCUGCGUCUCAGCCUCUUACGAUUAGUUAGGGUUCCCGUAAGUUAGUCUCCUUUUAUAGGAGAAGUUGGCUAACUUACGGGUUACAAGGAAGCCCACGGGCUGAUACACAUUUGUGGCCCGUAUUACACGAUUAAUUAAUAACUACACAAAUACAAAGAUAACUAACUAGAUUGAACACCAUAAAAUAUUCCCAACAUAAAAUAUUUAUAUUUGUAAAAAUGUGACUUAGUAACAUUUAGUUAUUAAAUUUAUAUUCAAACUUAUCAUUGUAGUGAAUAUAAAAAUAUAUUUACAAUCAUUUUAAUCAUAUUUUUUAUCCAUAAAUUUUAUUACCUUAAUAUUUAGAAAAUACUCUAUUAAAAGUUACAAUGGCAAAGAUAUCGAUAAUGAUAACAAUAAAAUAGAAUGAUAAUAAUAACUAGAAUUCCAACAACAACGGUGCUUAUAUUGAUGUUUAAUUAUAAUAAAAGAUAGUAGGAUACACUUGUUUACCAUAUUUAGUACUAAUAUAAACUUAUAAGAAUAAAUAAUUUACAUUAUAAUUUAGAAAUACCCACUCUUAAAAGUAUUUGAUGCAGCCUGUUGACAAAUGCUUUGGCCUUAACUAUUUAUCCGAGGUAUUACUUUGUCCCACACCGGAUGGUGUUGGAGACUUCCUCCAGUCAACACACUAUAUAUCUGCACACCCCCUUCGUACUGAUAUGUGUGCUAUAGCAAACAGCACCUCUUUCUACCUUCAUUGGGCAGUCCUAUUAUGUAUGUGCUAAAAAAAGCAAUUGAAAAGUUAAAUUUUGUAGCCCAACACGCCUUUUGUCACGCAUUUGCAUAUGCGGGGCGUCUUAAUGAUGCCUGGCGCUUAGGCUCGCCUAAGCGGCGUCUUUUUGGACCUUUUAGAACACUGCUUAUAAUAGGUCAUUUUAUAUUUGAAAUAUUGUUCUUAUUAAAAUUGCGCGAUUAAAAAUAUCGUCCCUUUAUCUUAUUUAUGUUACUCUGUAUCAUAUAAUAUACAGAGUAGAUUAUUUUCAAAACGAUUUUUAAGAAGAACAUGAUAUACCUCUUCGACCUAGAAAUGAAAACAACUUCUAGUGUCACUGGAAUAAUUAGUAAAAAUGACCAAUUAUGGGUUUUUAUAAUUGAUCUUUAGAUCUCAUCGAUCUAAAGACCUCUAACAACCCCUCCUCAUCGUAAGAACCCAUACAAUUUUUAUUUGUAUCGACUGUCGUUAUGUUUUGCAUUGUGGUUCACUCUAUCACUAGAUUGCUCUUCUAAAUCACCGAUUUUUAUAGAAGAAAUGUAUUGUGCUUUAUUCAUAUCCAUUGAAUAAAAUGAUGAAUCAACGUUCUCCCAUGUCAAUAUCAAUAUAGAUACUACCUUUCGUCCCAAUGAACUUUGCAUUCUUUGAAUUAGGUGAGAAAUAAGAAUAGUAAAAAUUGUGUGGUUGAAAUUUGUGCAGAGAAGAAAGAAAUGAAAAGAGCUACACAUUAGUUACUUUAAUGGAAAAAUGACAAAAUUUUCUGAGACAACAAAAAAUAGUAAGUUGGCAAAGUCUGAUGGGAUGAAUGAGAGUAUCUCAGACAACUCCCUUACUUAUUAAAAUGGUACUGCAUAGAAACAUGGAAGAUAAUAUAUUGGCUGAAACAAUUUACAAUAAACAAGAAGUCCUAUAAACAAGAAGUCCUAUAUCUUAUCAAUUAAUCAAUUGAGGGAGGAUAUAGAUAUUGCUCAUAUAUUCGCGGAAGCCCUCUAUAGUUUGUACGUGUGUAUGUUUUCUGUUCAUGUAUCUACACCCGUCCAUAACAUACUUUUAUACGGAGUAUAUGUUUUGAGUUUCUUCUUUUCUGUGUUUGGCGCAAAUUCUUUGAAUCAGUACCGGCUACAUCGCGUAUGUGCUAUGGUAUUGAGAAAGAUGGUGAUUGCCAUCGGAAGCAAAUCAUUUCUCCAUUUCUCCCUUUCGCCGGAUUUUUAUCAUGCGUUGUCAAAAUCAGGGAAGCGGGCCGUGAAGCUGUCGGCAUGUGAUUCCGGCUUAAACAGAGGAUUCAGGUUCGGCAUUGCCGGCGGAGAGGUUAAGUCUGGAUUAAUUGGCCCAAUUAAGGCACUUGAAGUUUCUAGGUCGUCGCAUACCUACAGGGAAAACGAAAAAUCUAAUCCGUCAGGAUGCGGUUCGGAGCAGGAAGUAGUCGUCAACGAUUCCGAUGAUCUCUCUGGUGAAGAAAGACCAAAGAUGCAUACCCUUGGAAAAUCUACUAAUAUUUAUUGGCACAAAUGCUCAGUAGAGAAGAGUGACAGGGAGGCUCUACUCCAGCAGAAGGGAUGUGUUGUAUGGAUUACUGGUCUAAGUGGUUCAGGAAAGAGUACUGUGGCGUGUACACUAAGUCGUGGCUUGCAUGCACGGGGAAAGCUCACUUACGUUUUGGAUGGGGAUAAUAUCCGUCAUGGUCUAGGUAGUGACCUUAGUUUUGGAGCAAAGGAUCGAUCUGAGAACAUUAGACGGGUUGGAGAGGUAGCAAAGCUUUUCGCAGAUGCUGGGGUAAUUUGUAUUGUCAGUUUGGUAUCUCCAUAUAUAAAGGACCGGGAUUCUUGUCGUGCCUUACUUCCAGAAGGAGACUUCAUUGAGGUGUUCAUGGAUGUUCCCUUACAUGUGUGCGAGGCGAGAGAUCCCAAGGGAUUGUACAAACUUGCCCGCGCAGGUAAAAUAAAAGGUUUUACCGGUAUCGAUGAUCCAUAUGAGCCACCAAAGAGUCCUGAGAUAAUGCUUCGCCUUGACAAUGGAUUCUAUGAUUCUCCUAGUGACAUGGCUGAGGUUGUGAUAUCUUAUCUGGGGGAAAAGGGGUAUCUAAAACCAUAGCUGUGGCUUCACAUCCUAGUCCCCAGCUUUUGAUCUUCUGAUCCCAGGGCCCCUCUAUUCAUUUUAUUUGUGGGAAAGUGGCAUUUAAGGUCUCUAAGAAUAUUGUGAAACAGUGGAUUUAGCAUGUGAAUAUAGAUUUAGCCUAUUUAGUCCCGGUGUAACUAAGAAGGGUGUCGUAAAUGGUUUCUUAGGAAUUAGAAUAGGACCAUUCAAUAGGGAUGCAAAGGAAAAAUCGAUAGUAAAAACAGAACUGAUAAUUACCUAAUCAAACAAAAAAAAUGUUAUUUGAAUCUAAUAACAAAUCGGUUAGCUAAAAUUUUGGUCAAAGUUUCAUAAUGAAUCGCUAUUAACAGAAGUCAAAUUGGAUACAUUUGUUAUUUGUAUAAUUAGAUUAUAUGAUUGAGAUUUUGAGUCUUAUUUGGUUGUGUGAUACUAUUUUCAAGCAG